UUCAAGAGUACAAGUUGCGUGUGUGUGGGGGGGAAAGUAGUAUAUGGAGGUCAACGCAAGAGCCAAAGAUAUCGCAUAGUCUUUUAAGUUUGAUUUCUGUCUGAAGGCGCCGUGUAUUAAAAAGUUAUAGGGAACCAGAAGACCUUAACAGUUAACAGAAGAAGGAAGAUGAUGUCCUUGGAUGAGAUGCAGAAGACAGUAAGCAACCCGGUUAUUCCAUACACUGGGACUAUCCUUGGUGGCCUUCUGCCCCUAGAGCUAGUGGUAGUGCGUGGGUUUGUUCCAGAAGAUUCAGAUAGGUUCCAGGUAGACUUCCAGUGUGGGAACAGCGCGGAACCUCGUGCUGAUGUCGCCUUUCAUUUCAACCCUCGGUUUAAGAAAUCUGGUUGCAUUGUUUGCAAUACCCUGCAGCAAGAAAGAUGGGGCUGGGAAGAGAUCACUUAUGAAAUGCCUUUUGAAAAAGGAAAGUCGUUUGAGAUUCUUUUUAUGGUUCUGCUCGAUAAAUUCCAGGUUGCCGUAAAUGGAAAACAUUUGCUGCUCUACAAGCAUAGGAUUGACCUUGGAAAAAUAGAUACACUUGGAAUAUAUGGAAAAGUGCAAGUUCAGAUGAUUGAAUUUAUUUCAAAUAAUUCUUUGCAAGGCUCUCAGCCAUCUUUGCUAAAGGCAACCAACGGAAAGGCAGGAGAUGAAAAAGUACUUGGAGGAUCACAGUUUGUAGUUCCUUAUGUUGCACGACUUAAUUCUGCAGUUGAGCCUGGGCGAACCAUUGUCAUUAAAGGAGAAGUUAAUGAAAAUCCAAAUAGCUUUUCUAUAAACCUUAAACCCAGCGACACAUCAGAUAUUGCUCUGCAUUUGAACCCCCGAAUAAAAGCUAAAGUUUUUGUGAGGAAUUCCUACCUGCAUGACAGUUGGGGAGAAGAAGAGAGGAGCAUCAAUCACUUCCCUUUCUGCCCAGGAAUGUAUUUUGAGCUGAUUAUCUUCUGUGAUGCUCUUCAGUACAAAGUUGCUGUGAAUGGUGUGCAUACCCUGGCGUACAAGCAUAGGUUCAAACAACUUGACAAGAUUCACAUAUUGGAAAUCUGUGGGGAUGUUCGACUGCUGGAUGUCAGAAGCUGGUAGCCAUGAAGCACAUUCCGUUUGCACUGGGGAAAGUCUCUUUGUUUCUCUAACUGGGGAAGAAAGGGAACAGAAAGAACUUUGCUCCAAGGCACUGAGCAUCACAAAUCUGCUUAUAUCUCAGUAACCCCC